AUGGGUGAAUCCAAUACCGCCUAUUUCUUCUUCUUCGCCGUCUCCACAAGUGAGCACCACUCCAAGCGGAACAUAGUGUGGAACGACAACAGCACCAUCACAUUCUUGAAUCGCAACGAGUGGCAUUUCAUGCCAAAUAUGUCGUCUGGCUCUCUUUCUGACAUUGUUACCAACCUCAACACUGUUGCCAUGAUUCUUGGCUCAAGAUGUCACAAUCUGGGAAACCUUACAGAAUCUGUGGACGAAAUAUUCAAGAAGGAAGGGAGUCUUAUUGUCUCCAAGAGUGUGGAAGAUCUCAUCUUUAAUGGUUACAGCGAUGCUCUCUUGCAGAACGCUGACUUGCGAAAGUAUCUCCCAGACUUCCCUGACUAUGACAGAUUUGGAUGGUACUAUCAGCGUAAUAUGUCGGCUACAUUUGAUGGAGUGAUCACCAUGUACACUGGGCAGAAAGACAUCGAGAGCCUUGGUCUACUUACUAGUUGGAACUAUGAAACAAGUACAGGCUGUUACCCGGGAGAUUGUGGACAGGUCAAGUCAACGAUUGGUAAUGUGUUGCCUCUCUCCACAUUCAAACAGCCCCAGUUCACACUCUUCAACACUGACAUUUGUGGAGUAUACACCCUUGAUUACGAAAAACUUGUGGAACUAAACAACAUACCUGGGGUCCAGUACCGAGCCACCGAGUCCAUGUUCAGCAACAAUGAGACUUGUUAUUGUCCUCGCCAAACAUGUCCUGCUUCUGGUGUGCGGGAUAUAUCGGCCUGUAAACGAGCCCCCUUGUUUAUCUCCCUGCCCCACUUCCUCCAUGCAGAUCCCAGUUACUUGGAAGCAAUCAGUGGACUGGAACCUAACGCUAGUAAACACUCGUUCUUCAUGUCACUUGCUAAUCUUACGUCUGUACCACUGGUUGUACGAGUUAGGUUACAAACAAACUUGCUCAUGGAACCGAUACCAAACAUGACUUUUUUCAGUAACUUAAGCAGAAUCUAUAUGCCGAUGUACUGGUUGGAUCAGUAUGCUAUCCUGACUCCUGACUUGGCAGCUCUGAUGCAUCCUCUCUACCCCUUCUCAAAGUGGGGAGGCUGGGGCAUCCUCUUGCUUAGCGGAGGCUUGGGAGCUAUCCUGCUUCUCCUGGGGAUAGUUCUACGCUGUCAAGACACUUCAGAAUCUGUUUCCUUGCUUGAAUGAGGACUGUAGAAUAUGUAUUUCUUGUAAACCUUAUAUAAUUAAAUUUUUAAAUUAA